CAGCAGCAGCAGCAGCGACGACCCAGGGAGCCUCGCCCGCCUGCCUGCCUUCCUCCCUCGUGGCGCCAUGGCCCAAGCCUUCGCCGGCACCUGGAACCUGGUCGAGAGCAACGCCUUCGACGAAUACAUGAAGGCCAUCGGUGUGGGUUUUGCCACAAGACAGAUUGCGAACAUGACCAAACCUACCACCAUUAUUGAAGUAGAUGGGGACAAGAUCACCAUCAAGACUCAGAGUACCUUCAAGAGCACAGAGAUUAACUUUAAAUUGGCAGAAGAAUUUGAUGAAACAACAGCAGAUGACAGACAUGUCAAGUCCAUUGUGACACUAGAUGAAGGCAAGCUUGUUCAUGUGCAGAAAUGGGAAGGAAAGGAGACCUCGCUAGUUCGAGAACUGAAGGAUGGAAAACUAAUUUUGACUCUGACAAUGGGUAACGUGAUCUCCACUCGUACCUAUCAAAAAGCGGAAUAGGUUUCUACUACUGGUCAUCGAAUGACAAACUCAUUGCCAAAUUGCCUGUACGAUUUUUUCCAGUGUUUUUGUAUAGUUAUUGCACCUUUUUGAAACCAUUCACUACCACAAUCUUUCCAGCUGCUUCUUAUUCUUGUAUUUGAGUUUUGUUUUUUGCUUUUUAAAAUAUUAAUAAGUGGAAAAAACAAUGUGGACGAUAAUAAACUGAAGCAGUUGAUAACA